CUUCUUCUCCUCCUCCUUCUUCUCCUCUGCCCGGCUGCGCGCAGCUCCGCACCCGAGAACAGCAUGGCGACGCUUAAGGAGAAGCUGAUCACCCCCGUGGCUGCCGAGAGCACGGUGCCCAACAACAAGAUCACCGUCGUGGGUGUCGGGCAGGUCGGCAUGGCCUGUGCCAUCAGCAUCCUGGGCAAGGGUCUUUGUGAUGAACUUGCUCUGGUUGAUGUUCUGGAAGACAAACUGAAAGGAGAAAUGAUGGACCUACAGCAUGGGAGCUUGUUCCUUCAGACUCACAAGAUUGUGGCAGACAAAGACUACGCUGUCACAGCCAACUCCAAGAUUGUGGUAGUAACUGCAGGCGUUCGCCAGCAAGAGGGGGAGAGUCGUCUCAACUUGGUACAGAGAAAUGUGAAUGUCUUCAAAUUCAUUAUUCCUCAAAUCAUUAAAUACAGUCCCAAUUGCACCAUCCUUGUUGUUUCCAACCCAGUGGAUAUAUUAACCUAUGUCACAUGGAAGCUGAGUGGCCUGCCAAAACAUCGUGUGAUUGGAAGCGGCUGCAACCUCGAUUCAGCCAGAUUUCGCUAUCUGAUGUCCGAGAGACUUGGUAUCCACCCAAGCAGCUGCCAUGGCUGGAUCCUGGGAGAACAUGGUGAUUCAAGUGUGGCUGUUUGGAGUGGAGUGAAUGUGGCAGGCGUUUCCCUCCAGGAGCUGAACCCUGCCAUGGGAACAGACAAUGACAGUGAGAACUGGAAGGAGGUCCACAAGCAGGUGGUGGAAAGUGCCUAUGAGGUGAUUAAACUUAAGGGAUACACAAACUGGGCCAUUGGCCUUAGCGUUGCUGACCUCUGUGAGACCAUGCUGAAGAACCUGUGUCGGGUCCAUCCUGUGUCCACUAUGGUGAAGGGUAUGUACGGCAUCGAGAAUGAAGUCUUCCUGAGCCUUCCUUGUGUCCUAAGUGCCUCUGGAUUGACAAGUGUCAUCAACCAAAAGCUGAAGGAUGAUGAGGUGGCUCAGCUGAAGAAGAGUGCAGAUACACUGUGGAGCAUCCAGAAAGAUCUCAAAGAUCUGUAACUCAUGUAUGCUAGAUUCCAUCAAUAGAAAAAAAACCCUGCAUAUUGUGCACAAAUGUGGGCUCUCUACUGUCCGUCUCUAUGGUUAACAUUUAAUGCUCUUCCAGACUGAAGUGAACUUUUGUCCACAGUAGUUAAACCUAUGCUUCCUGUAAUGCACAAACCUUAUGAACAAAUAAAACAACUUUCAGGU